UAAACAUGUCAGACGAUACCCCUGCUGUUGCCGCUACACCUGCCGCUUCUACGCCUAAGAAAAAGGCUAAAAGUGCAGCGAAAAAAACGAAAACCGUUCCCUCACAUCCUAAAGUGGCUGAUAUGGUUAAUGAUGCUAUUCAGAGUUUGAAAGAGCGAGGAGGAUCAUCCUUACAAGCGAUCAAGAAGCAUAUGAGCUCCCAUCAUAAGGUAGAUAUGGAUCGUUUGACUCCUUUCAAAAAAUACUUGAAGACUGCAGUAGCGAAUGGAACUUUGAUCCAGACAAAAGGAAAAGGCGCCAGCGGCUCUUUUAAGCUAAGUGUCGGCCAGAAGACCAAGGAACCGAGCAAGGCCAAAAAGGCUAAGAAAGAAGGCGCUUCUCCAGCUAAGAAAGCAAAGGUAACGACCAAAAAAGCUUCCAAACCUAAAACUGUGAAGACUGCAGAGAAGAAGAAACCUGCAGCAAAAAAACCGGCUGCAAAAAAACCAGCUAAGCCUAAAAGCCCGAAGAAAGCUGCAAAAGCCACCAAACCCAAGGCUCCCAAAGUUAAAAAAAUGAAAACUCAGAAGGCUACUCCAAAGAAAGCUACAAAAAAAUAA